ACUGCGACAAUGGGUGAGGCGGAGGCACCGCCAUCGCCCGCGGUGAUGUCGAGGUCGGUGUUCUACGACGGCUGCCCCGGCUGCGCCAUGGAACGGAAGCUCGAGAGCAGCAAAGGCAUCCCCUACAAGGAGUUCAUCUUUGUUGGGAUCACCACGAUUGCCUCGUCUUUACCAAUAUCCUCAUUGUUCCCAUUCUUGUACUUCAUGAUAGAAGACCUACAUGUGGCAAAAAAGGAACAAGAUAUUGGAUUAUAUGCUGGAUUCCUUGGUGCAUCAUAUAUGGUUGGGAGAUGUUUUGCCUCACUCUUUUGGGGUGUGGUGGCCGAUCGUAUAGGGAGGAAACCUAUAAUUAAAUUUUCUAUUUUAUCAGUUGUCAUCUUCAACACUCUGUUCGGAUUAAGUGUGAGGUAUUGGAUGGCAAUUGCCACGAGAUUCCUUCUUGGUGCUCUAAAUGGCAUGCUUGCCCCGGUAAAGGCUUAUUCCAUUGAAGUUUGUCGACCUGAACAUCAGGCUCUAGGAUUAUCAAUCGUAAGCACUGGUUGGGGCAUAGGACUUGUUGUGGGUCCAGCCAUUGGAGGCUACUUUGCACAACCUGCUAAGCAAUAUCCAAACAUAUUUUCUGAGAAGUCCAUUUUUGGGAGGUUCCCAUACUUCUUGCCAUGCCUUUGUAUCUCACUCAUCGCUCUUGUUGUUCUAAUAAGCUGCAUAUGGCUGCCAGAGACACUUCAUAAGCAUAAAAAUGUUGAAGGUGGAAUUGAAAUGAUUGACAACUCAAGAAGUACACUUGAAGAAGAUUCACAUAAACAGAAGAAUUUGUAUAAAAAUUGGCCAUUGAUUUCCUCUAUCAUUGCAUAUUGUGUUUUCACGCUUCAUGAUACAGCAUAUAGUGAGAUAUUUUCCUUAUGGGCUGUAAGUGACAAAAAGUACGGUGGAUUAAGUUUUUCAUCUAAAGAAGUUGGCCAAGUUCUUGCAGUUGCAGGUGCUGGUUUGCUUGUGUACCAGCUUUUCAUCUACAGAUCAGUUCAUAGAUUUCUUGGAUCUGUCAAUUCAUCUCGUGUUGCUUCGGCUUUGUCCAUACCAAUUCUUGCUGCAUAUCCCUUUAUGACACACUUGCCAGGGUUUAGACUUGGGAUAGCUCUUUACCUUGCUACGAUUUUAAAGGGUGUUCUAUCAAUAACUAUCAUAACAGGCACUUCCCUACUUCAAAAUAAUGCAGUGUCACAAAGUCAAAGAGGUGCUGCGAAUGGUAUAUCUACAACAGCAAUGUCCUUCUUCAAGGCAAUUGCUCCAGCAGGAGCAGGCGCUCUGUUCUCUUGGACCCAAAAACGCCAAAAUGCAGCCUUCUUUCCAGGGGAUCAAAUGAUAUUCUUUAUUCUGAAUUUGAUUGAAUUAGUUGGACUUGUGCUGACCUUCAAGCCGUUCCUGGCAAUACCAAAUUAAAACACAAUCAAUUGAAGAAGAAGAAGCUGAAACACCCCCAAGCAACAGAAUAAUGGUGCAAAACUGCACUAUAUUGUGGUUUGCUGGGAUGUUUGAUUCAAGUUGUUGUUGUACAUGGAAAUAUAUGAUCCCUCUUCGCCAUCAUAAAAUUAGUGUGCAUGAGAUUGUUUGUCUAAAAUGUUUCUUCCAUGAAGACCAGUGUUGUAAAAUCAAUUAUUCAGGCUAAUUAACUAGCUUUUGGGACGGGCACAGUCUGUGGGUGAACAUAUAUACUGUGUCUGUGGGCUUUUUCUAUCGUCCUUAAAAAUUACCCCAAGGCAUCAAAAAUUUUAGUGUAAAAUUCUGAUACCUUUGGAUAUAAACUCGACUCUCACGUGAUGUUGCAAUGCAUCCCUGUGUAU